UCACAGAUGAUCACACAAUCUCUUUAUCUUAACAUUAAAACUCGAUUUGCUGACAGUCAUUUCAUAUUUUUGACAUUUUUUCAGCCUUUAUUUGAAAUUUAAACCAAACAAGGAGUAAAUCAGUUUCCUUCUCACUAACGUCACAAUAAAAGCCCUCUGUCGGCCUGCACGUGCUCACUCACGGUCAGGGUAAAAUCUGGGGGUCUUUUCUAGAAUCCGACCCCACCAACAUAAAGUGCUCCUGGUGUCUGAAGAGUCUCCAAUUAGGUUCCAUUUUCAGGUCCAACAUGGAGCCGCUCAGCAGUUAUUGGCUCAUUAAGGCUGUCUAUGCUUCGCAUUGUUUCCUCUCUUCAGCCUGUUCGGUUCGGGUUCUGGGCGGAGUUGGGUUUUCACAUCCACUGCAGGAGGAGGAGGAGGUUCUGGGGAAACAUUCCGGGUCUGAUCCUUAAGGCUAUAAAGACGUUCAGGGCAGCGCACAUGAACUCCUUGGGCGCGUCGCGGCACCACCCCAGCGCACCUCCGCGCUCUGCUUCUCCUUCUCCCCGUUUCACCUCCUCUGUUUCCUCAAUGCUGACGUUGAGUUAGAGCGCGCUGUUCUCAUGGAGUACAUGGAGGAGAAGUUCGCUUUGAAAAGCCAAGCGAUGAAGAGCAGUGAUUACUACAUGGAGCAGGUCAUGGAGAGCCUGGACGGCGCGCAGUUCUUCACCAAACCGGCGCAGAAAUGCGCGCCGGCCUUCGGGCUGCAGAGCGCCGAGCCCCGCUGCCCCCCCUGCGGAGAGCCGGACGUGGGGUUUGGCGUGCCCAAACCAGAGGACGAGGCCGUGCGCGCGGACCUGGGCCGCUCCCUGGACAGCUGCUGCCCCCUGCGCGCCUCCCCGGCCCCCAGCGGCCCGGACAAGACGGACCUGGACGAGCUGGGGGACAAGUGCGACAGCAACGUGUCCAGCAGCAAGAAGCGGAGACACAGGACCACGUUCACCAGCGCGCAGCUGGAGGAGCUGGAGAAGGUGUUCCAGAAAACCCACUACCCAGAUGUUUACGUCCGGGAACAGCUGGCCAUGAGGACGGAGCUGACGGAGGCCAGGGUGCAGGUGUGGUUUCAGAACAGAAGAGCGAAGUGGAGGAAAAGAGAGCGCUACGGUCAGAUCCAACAGGCCAAAAGUCACUUUGCAGCCACCUAUGACCUGUCGGUGUUACCUCGGACUGACAACUACACACAGAUCCCCAACAACCUGUGGCCCAGCCCGGCUCCCGGGGGCUCCGUGGUCUCCUCCUGCAUGCUGCCCCGAGGCUCCCCGCCAUGCGUCACCUCCUACUCCCACUCCCCUCGCUCGGCCGCCGCGGGCGCAGCCGACCACGGCUACGUGGGCUUCCCCGGCCAGCAGAACCAGUUCGGCCACGUCUCCCUGAACAACUUCUUCGGCGCGGACUCCCUCCUCACGCCGGCCGCCGGCUCCCACCCGGCCUUUGAGGCCAAACCGGAGUUCGAGAGGCGCUCGUCCAGCAUCGCCGUGCUGCGCAUGAAGGCCAAGGAGCACACAGCCAACAUCUCCUGGGCCUUGUGAGCCGGCUCGCCGUAGCUGUCCGGGCAGCCUCGACGUGACGGGAAUGAUUCCCGCUUUUCCUGAACGUGGAGAAACUGCUUUGAGAUUCUGACACCGUGUUUGUGAUAAACAUGUGAGGACUCCGCUGCUGCACAUCUGACCAAACUUUCAGUCGCAGUGAAGACAAUCUGGGCGUGUAAAUGUGGAAAAAAACUUUUUAUCAGUUUAUGGCUCCAUGCUUGUUCUGACGUUAGCUUAUAAACACAACUCAGUCAGUUUCAUCGGUCGACAAAAAGAUUAUAACCAAAUGAACACACAUCAUUUAAAAUAUUAGCUGAACAUCCAGAGCCGUUUCCUCUCGGGUCAGAACAGACUUUUAAUGACCUCUGAUGAUCUCUGGAGGUGAGAGCUGUGGUGUGUUUUGUCAGUGGAGGUCAGGAGGUCAGCGUUUCCUCUUGACGGAGGCGUAAAGCUGGCCGACAGGGAGCAGUAAAAAGUAAAAGCUUUUUAAAGAUUUGUGUGCAGAGCGGGGGAAUCCUGAGGGAGGUGUCCCGAGCCCCGAAACGUUUCCAAGUGCUGCAAAUAAGCUUCUUUCAUCUUUCCUCCGUCCUUUUCAGCUAAACGUACUAAAGAUGAGCCGAAAAAAAAACUGAGUUGAUGUAAAACAUGUCUUUGUGCUUUGUAACAAAGUACAAGGUGGUUAUGAGACUGUGUGUGGGUGACAAAAUGCAGAAACGAAAUAAACAAAAUUGACUUCA